GAAAGGGAAACAGAAGAGCCUGCUGAAGUGACCACGCAUCCUAAUUUUCAACGACAGUCAUCAGCUGAGAAACAGUUUGAUCGACCGCCAUCAAGUUCUAGACGUGAUCAGCAGAAGCCUAGUACACGGUCAAGAACCAUGGAAGAAAAUGAUCGUCAAGGUAAACUCACUGCUCUGAAGCGUCGAUCAAACGAGGAUGAGAGUUGACGUGAGUUGACAGUCACGCGUUGUUACAGGGACAUUUCAAGCUCUAGAUUAACAAAAUAAAGGUUUAAUGAGUGUUCCAACUACGUUUUAACUGAAAUAGAAUUCAUGAUAGUGUUGAGAAAGCUUAAGAACAGGAGACUAAGAUCGUGUGACUGCCAACUCUAAUUCACUCUCAUCCUCCUUUGAUCCGGGCUUUAGUAAAAGUCUUGAUAGGCCAUUUGCAUAUUGCUGCAGACAGGUCAAAAACAAUGACUAGAAGGCAUGGAAUUAACAUUCCGAUAACUGUAAAUCUUGUUCAGGUCGUCGAUCUAGGCCGUCAUCGGCAACCGCUGAUAUUGAUGUUUUGAGCCAGCUGACGUCAUUAAGACGACAGCUGAAGAAAGAAGAAAUUAAAGUCCAGCAACAGUUAUCUGAAAAUAAGGUAUGGUGGGAAAGUAGUUACGAAUUAUUACGUGUCAUCUGUAUGUUUGUAUCCAAUGAUACGCUGCUAGCAUUCACAACUACACACGUAAAAACGCGCAAGUUGUAGCAAUGCUGUCAACAACUUGUCAACCAGGAUGUGUUCGCACUGCUUGUUCCCAGCUUGUUGACAUGUUUUCAACGGUUGACAACUUGCUACAUGGUUUUUGAGCUCAACAGACUUGUUAAAAUUUUCCAACAACUUGUUAUCGUCCUGCAAUUCGACAUUUUGUCAACAAGUUGUGAGUGACAACCUUGUAGCAACUGGAUAAAAUAACAGCAUUAUUACAACUUGUUGACAAGCUUGCUAGUUGCUACAAGCCUGUUGCGAACACAUCUUGUUGACAAGUUGUGAGAUUUUUACGAGUGUAGAGGGUACUCAGUGACUGCACCUUGGCGCAGAUUCAUGUAUGCUUAGCGUAGCUAUUAUAUAUGUUCUAGGAAAAGUACGUAAAACUUCGAGAAACCAGUGGGACUCGAAGGUAGGUUGCAACACUAUCGUAUGCUGUGCCAUGUUCUCUAUUUUUUUUCAUUUCUUCGAAUUUCACAUGAAUUUGAUUUUUUAGUGGCAGGACCAAGAAACCAGUUGGAGGAAAUGUGUUUGAUAAUGUAUUUCGCAAACAGCCGAGUGCCACUCAAAAAUAUCACGAUUCUCAGGUAAACUUUCCAAUUCUCCAUAGUCUACAUGUAUUAUCUGAUUUAAACACUUUGAAAAACAUGGGGUAUUUGAAGUUAUAGAAGAAAAUCCACGAUGAAAUUUAUGCUUAUUUGUUUUGAACUUUAUCUCCCAUUUUAGACCUCUGGUGCGAUAGAUGAAUUCCAUAAAUUGAAAUAUGAAGGUAAACUAUCAAGGCUAUCCGAUUCAGGCCUGUAGAUUACAUAUUUGUAGAGGUAGCUAAUUAUGUUUGGAGCUGUUGGACAGUAGUAGCUCCAGGUUUCAACUGCCUUCACUUAUUUUAUCCCUAAAUGUUAAAAUAAUUAUUCUCAUUUCAGAAAGCAGUUCCCUUCAUGGCGAUUUCUUAAACAAGUAUCCCGAACCUGCGACCUCGCCCAGCACCCUCGAUCUACAACAGAAGUCACUGUUGCAAGAACAGCAGAAACGUUUACAGAGAUUUCGAGAUAUGACACUGACUUCUGACAAAGAAAAUUUUCAGUCAUUUGGCAAUAAGACAGUAAGUACAAUAGGACUAUAAAACAUGAUGGCAAUGGCAAUGAGCUCCCGGGGAUAUUUAUUUGUCCUAUUACAUUAACGCC